GUUGACUUGUGAACUUCUUUUUUCACUUUGUAAAAAUAGAUUUUAAAUAUCUACAAUGCGGGAGAAAUGGAAACAUAAGCCUGUUUUGAUUUUGCUGUUAUUUCAAGUAACAUUCAAUGUCAAACAGGUUGUAAUCGGAGCACGUGAAGAUCACCUGAUCGGAAUACUGGGUGAAUCGGUUUUAUUCCACAUUCACCGUGCCUCAGGAGAGGAAGUACGUGAAAUAAGUUGGGAGAAAGGGAAGCAUGCAUUUCUAAAGUGCAUUCCUAACCAAAAUAUUUGUCAAGUGUACAAGCAGCAAGAAAGCCGAGUACAUUGUUUCCCCGAUUGUUCUUUAAGACUCUCCGGCCUCUUGGGCAAUGACAGCGGGGUGUAUCGGGCUGAAGUUCUUUUCAGUAAUGGGCGGCUCGAAACCAAAAUCAUCUACCUCGAUAUUCUGGUUCCAGUUUCGCUUCCAACUAUUGUGGUCGGCCGGGUUAACUCAAGUAUCCAUCGCAGUUUGACCAUAACUUGCAACAUAACAGAAGGAAGCUUACCGCAGUAUUUCUGGGAGAAGGACGGGCAACGAUUGACGCUUAGCCAGAGAUACAUGUUAACGAAAGACAAUAGCAGCAUAUCGAUUCAUAACUUCUCCAACUCAGACUGUGGGACUUACACCUGCACAGUUCGCAAUAGUAUUAGCAGGCACAAAGCUGAGCGGACUAUGCUUGGUGAGGAUAGCUUUGAAUGUGCGACGUCAGGUUAUCUGCUGAUAAUAAUUGCCGCUGCAAUUUGUUUCUUCGGGUUCGUUUUAGUCUUUGUUUUCGUCAACAAGAGGAGGACCUCCAGGGCAGACCUGCGAAUUUGGCUUUCACGAAUAUCAGAAUGGCAAAUUGUCAACGAAAGGGAUAGAUCUAAUAUGAACAACGAGGACGGAGGCUGCCAAUAUCUUGUCAUCUCUUUUCCCGACAGUGCACAACAGCCGGACAGAAAUCGACAAGAGAAUGCCGACCAAGCUGUUGUAUAUUCAACGACUGCCAGGAGUUGAUAAAUCAAACAGGACCCUGCACGACUAAUGACAACCUGAUUACUCGAUUCCCCGGCUUAUUUUUGGUAUCCUUCAGAUGAAGAAUCUGGCUUCUAAAGUGUCCAAAUAUAUUGCCCGCACGGGUAGCUGAAAAUUAUUAUUCCAUCCGAACUUUUAUCCUGUGGCAAUGCACGUUAACGUCAGCACACGCAAAUAAGUGCCAGCUGCUAAUAACGGCACUAAAAUUGAGAUUGAAGUACACUAUAUAUUUCUCAAUGGAUUUCAUUAUGAAUGGGAAUCGCAAAUUUAAUGAUAUACAGAUAUUAAAUUUUACUUCAGAGAUGGCAUAGAAAAUAACUAUGUAACCGUGUUUCACUUGUUCAAACCCAUGUGAAGUUAUCCAUCCGUAGUUUCCCCUGUGAAAGUGUGACGUGUUGCUUUCUUGUACCGCUGCCGUUCAUGACGUGUUUAUGGAGGGCAACCAUACUUCAAUUGCCUUCGAGGUUUGUUGAUUUUGCUUUCCGAUCUAACCCAUUUUAUUCAGAAAUAAAGUUUUCACAGAAAAGGAAAAAAAAAUA